GGUUUCUGUUUCUUCAUAACGCAUAUAGUUUCAGACCAAUGCUUACGGGGCGAGUUCUAACUGGCCUACGUGGUGGAAACCGGUCGCUAUUAACACUCUCUCUCCUCUUUCCCUCGCUUCCUCUCUAUACCAUAGUACUCUGCUUUUUUUUUCUCUUACUCUCUGGCAAUGCAUGAUCUUCUAUCGGAUUAGAGAAGAAGAAUAAGAAGAAUGCUGGAAACUGUGGAUAGCUCAGGAGUCAUUAAUGGUGGAUUUCGUCAAGUACAGAGCUUUUGCGGAGUGAGCAGUAGCGAAGAGGAGUUAUCGGUGCUGCCGCGUCAUACGAAAGUGGUGGUAACCGGAAACAACCGUACUAAAUCGGUGCUUGUUGGUCUUCAAGGUGUUGUCAAAAAAGCUGUCGGCCUCGGUGGUUGGCAUUGGCUGGUGUUGACAAAUGGAAUAGAAGUAAAGCUGCAGAGGAAUGCGCUUAGUGUCCUUGAAGCUCCUACUGGAAACGAAGAUGACGAUGAUCUUGAUUUCGAUCACACACACAUGAAUAGUUCUGACAUGAUUUUCUCUUUUCCAGCAUCUGAAGACACACUGAAGCCUCAUAAGGUGAAGCAAAGAGGUCAGAGAACAUCUCGGUCAUCUCACAAGUCCUUGAGCAGGUGUCUGUCAUCUGACUCCCAAUCUAAAAACUCAUGUUUUACUCCCCCUGAAAACAUGAAAGUUGAUCUUAGCAAACUAGAAAUGCCUGCUUUGCUGAAAUACUGGCGACAUUUCAACCUCGUGGAUGCGAUUCCUAAUCCAUCAAAAGAGCAACUAGUUGACAUUGUUCGGAGACACUUUAUUUCUCAGCAAAUGGACGAGCUGCAAGUUAUUGUGGGGUUUGUCCAAGCUGCAAAGAGAAUGAAGAAAGCGUGCAAGUUCCAGUCAGAAGAAGCCAGAAACACUGAUCUUAACUGCAUCAGCUAAAAGAAAAGCCAUUACUUUAUAACAGGUCCUGUAAUUAAUUACAGUAGUGCCGACUUGUUUAACCAUUUGGGGCUUGCUGCUUGCUAGUUUUACUUGUUUAUGGAGAUGUUUGGCUAAGGAGUAGAAUGUUGUUUUCUUCUUGCUUCUGUUGUUUAGCCAUGUAAAUUACCCCAGCAAGAAAACUAAUGACCCUGAAACCACUUACUCUUUUCAAUUGAAAGUAUAUGUUCUGAUC